UCGUCCUAGAACAACCGCACGUACAUCAAUUCGCCCUUUAGAGUUCCGGAGCGUUGAUAAAUUCGGUACAUUUUUUCCUCGACGUCGACGGAUUGGGAUAAUCUGCUGGAUCUCGUGUCCUGCUGCAAGUUCCAUGACCUCUGUCAGGUUAUUCCGUGUUCUGUCUUACAUAUUGCAUUGCACGUAAAACGGAAACCGGGAGGCGCUGAAUAUCAGAGCUAAUGAACGUAUUCACUCCAUUGCUUCCAAAACGUUGAUAAUAUGCUAUAAAAGCGUUCGCAGAUCACAUUACGGUGACAUCGGAGAAGACGAACAACCACAGGAACAUGGCAGUGAUAGCGACGAGUAGAAUGUUAGGCAUUGCCUCAAUUCCGUGGACGACGACACUGGCCAGUAUCUGCACGGUUGUGUUGACGGGAAUGCUGCUGAUAAACAUCAAGUCGAUCCUGCGAUGGUGCAGGAUAUAUUGGUAUCUGCGCAAUGUGCCACGGCCUUUCAAGCAAUGGUCUUUCUUCACGGUACUGGACAUGUGGAACUCAAUGUCCAAGAUGGACGGUGAUCUUUCGUACACGGCAAAGGCUUUCAAAUAUUUCAAAAUGAUGUUCGAAAACGCAAUGCACGAAGACGUCAGUGUCAUGUACUUCGGAACAACACCUAUGUUGAUGGGAUAUUCUCCCGAUGCUGUUGAGGGCAUCCUGUCGAAGAACGAGAACCAGAACAAGCCCUUCCUUUAUCAGUUUAUGGCACCCUGGAACGGCGAUGGAAUUCUCACGUUGGAGACAAGUUUGUGGAGGAUUCGACGAAAAGCUUUCACUCCCGCGUUCCACUUCAAAAUUUUGGAUGAGUACGUUCCCGUGAUGAACCGAAGGGCCAACGCUCUGGCACACAAACUGAGGCUUCAGGAGGACUACGUCGACGUGCUGCCCGUCGUACGCACAGCUGGGUUAGGGAUAUUCUACGAGACAGCCUUGAACGUCAAAGUUGACGAAGAAAAAGAAGUGGAGCAACAUUUUCUUCUCGGAGCAAUGGAAGAGAUUGGUGCGAAGAUCGUAUCACGAAUGCUGAACCCUCUUCUCUGGUACGAUUUCCUCUACAACCUCACGAAUGAUGCCAAGCAAUUUUACCACUACGCAAGGCACCUGCGCGAGUACAACACCGAGGUUAUGUGCAGGAAGAUCGAAGAGUACAACGCCGGAGGCAAGGAAGAAAACAAGGACAGUAAUAGGUUCAUCGACAUCAUGAUGAGGAUGCUGAAGGAAGAUCACAGUCUCCGCGAUGUUGAUGUGGUUGAUGAGCUCGUGGCAGCGUUCAUAGGGGGAUUCGAAACGACUGCGAUAUCGACUUCAUUCGUCCUGCACCUGCUUGGGUCACAUCCUGAAGCUCAACGGAAGGUACACGAAGAACUCGACGCUGUUUUCGGGGAUGGUCCCGACGGCAGCGUAUCUCACGAGGACAUCAAACAACUCAAGUACAUGGAUUGCGUGGUCAAAGAGGCGCUGCGUCUGUACCCGCCGCUGCCCAUUAUAGCGCGGGAAUUUCAGACAGACACGCAAAUAGGGAAAUACACGAUCCCGAGUGGCACAGUUGGCCUCGUUAUGAUAUACUUCCUGCAUAGGAAUCCGAAUGUUUACGAAUCUCCCGACGACUUUAUUCCGGAGCGCUUCUUGGACAACAAAGAUAGGCACCCAUAUGCCUUCGUUCCUUUUGCCGGAGGACUCCGGAAUUGCAUAGGUCAGAAGUACGCCAAAACUGAGGAGAAAAUACUGCUCACACACCUACUAAGACAAUUCAAGGUGGAGUCUGAGACGCCGACGAAAAGCCUUACCAUCGACAUGCAAUUGAUGCUGAAAACGACGGAACAGCUUCGUGUCAAAUUCAUUCCGCGCAAAAGCCAGUAACAUGCGACGGUGCCCAGCAAGAACCAAAGGACUCAUCUAUGUUAUUUGCACACAAAGAAGGAUAUCUACCAAUAUCUAUUCAAGCAGCACGAUGCGUUGAAACUUCGGGGGCGUGCGGUUGGCUGACUGGUGCCCUGCCAGUGAGACCCUACGUUUCCCACUGCGACAGGACCUCAGUAGGAAACGAAGCGAUGUAACGGCACAGCCAAUGCCAUACUUAAAGGUAACGCGCGAGCGCAGCGGCCUGCACAGACGGAAGCCCCGCGGAGCGUUGUAGGUUGCACCGCCGUAUUCUCGGUCAGGCCUGAGCCCACUGCAUUACCAAGGCUACUCAGAGGGCCCCUCGAAGCUUGAGGGAUCCGUAAGGCAUCAAGGAGCCCUACCAUGGGCUUGGCAAUGCAUUGGGCACGCGCUCGCUGCGCGUGCAGGAAGCGCUGCCAAAGCUAUUGAAGCGGCCCAGGGCCCUCUCAGGCCUGACCGAGAAUACCGCUCCAGACUACUCAGUUCGAGGCAUAGGUCCAGGACAGGGUUGAUACAUAGAUCGUUGCGCGACAGCGGCUCGGCAUGCUCGGUUGGGCGGUUAGCGCCCCCUACAAUUCUCUGCUUUGACCUCGAGCUCAUCACCGGAUGUGCUGCAUGCACGCUGCGACUUUAGUUUCAAACCUUAAAGGCUUGCGCUGCGUCAAGGCCAUACCCUCACGGGUUACUGUACAUUUUAAGGGUGGUUGUACUAACUCCAGUAUUACCAUCGCUCAUCAUUUGCCAGAAAUGCACAACACAAGCCAAAAAAAGAAAGAACAACCUUCAACUGUGCCAUCGUACGUGUUCGCCCUUUCAAUACGCUGUCCCGCUUUUGCGAAGGAACUGCAUAAAUUACUGUUUCCUUCUAAGGCACAACUGUAUGGCCGCACAUUAUAAAGACCUCACGUGAAUGUAAACCUCACAACGAGGAUUUUGGUCAAAUAGUAGGUGACGGCAAGAGCAUUGGUACUGCAUUAAUGAAACAGUUCGUUUUCUUUUACUUCUUCUUUUUUUCAACGUUACACUGCUGAUUCAUCAUUUCGCAUGUUUUGGCACCCGUCAUUCCUGUGUCCCCAAGCUACGUACAUUAAAUGGGACAGUGAAGCCUC